AUGGCAUGGCGAAAUAUUGAACAAGCAUACAGAGUCGAAAACUAUAACAAUUUUGAAUUUCAUGGCGAAGAGGCUAGAGAUAUCGAGUUGGCCUUUGAUAAGGAGGAAAAUAAUGAGUAUUCCAGCCAUAUCCAGACCUGGGAUGAAAAUACGCACAUCUGCAAGUUAUGUAAAUGUGAGUAUGACGACAGUGAGACUGUCAAGGUUUUCUGUUCCAACAGAAGUCGACUAACGGAUAUACCGCCAGCGUUGCCGGAUAGAACAUGGUACCUGGAGCUGUUUAGAACAAGACUGACCAUCUUCAACACGACCAAAAUCGCUGACCACCCAACGCUGACUACGCUGAAGAUCGACUCAAAUAAAUCCUUGCGUAACGUGACGUUUCGUCACGGAACCAACGUGACGACCAAUUUGUCACAGUUGAUUUUGACCAAUAAUAAUAUCAGUACCAUUGAAAGCGGAAGCUUUCACGUGGUGCCGAACUUGGAAGUGUUGAGUUUAAGAGGGAAUAAACUGUCGCGUGUGUUUAAGUACAUGUUUGAAGGCUUAAACCGCCUGAAAAACCUUGAUUUGGCUGUCAACGAUAUAGAAUCAAUAGAGACAGACACGUUCGAUAGCUUCCCUAACUUAACACAGCUUGAUCUCAGCCGAAAUAUCAAACUAGGGUACACGCAACGUUCUUUCCCGCCGCGUCUAUUUCAAAAACUUUCCCGGUUAGAAACUUUAUUCAUCCAACACAACACGCAAACGGGGACACAACCUUACCCCAACCUGGCAUUGUCGUACUUAAAAAGUCUUACCUUUCUCAACAUCGACGGUCAAACAGAUCACACAUUUGGUCGUGAGUUAUCGACCCUGCAACACCUGACCCACCUUGAAAUUGGUCAGCGUCAAGGGAUAUGCCGGAUCAAAAACAUCAGCAAGUUUUUUUUCGAGAACACCCGACACCUGACAUCAGUGGUGUUUCACUAUUGCCACUUCAUCCACAUCGAUCCUAAAUCUUACGUCUACCUAAAAAAUUUGCAAUCGCUGCGUAUAAUUCAAACGCAAGAUUAUUACGACUUAUAUAAGGCUCUAAGCGAGAUCGAAGGCUUGAAAGACACACAAAUUAGAAACUUAAGCCUGGUCAGUCUAAACAGGAGAAACAACCACUGCCGUCAGCUGCAACAACUGCAUGCCAAAUAUUUAAUAACCCUAACCCAUCUUGAGGAGUUAGAUCUAACUUCCAACAAUAUCAUUGUUGUUGAAGACUCUUUUGCCGCCAAGCUACCGAGAUCGUUAAAAAGACUGAUUUUAAGGAAUAAUAAACUAACCUUAGAUGUGUUUAUUUUAAGCCAUUUGCUUAACAUGCGAAACCUUGAAUAUGUUGAUUUGAGUUUCCAAAACUUACAAGAAGUAUCUAAUAAUAUCACAGGGUCCCUGAACGAAUCUGGAAGCGAGCUAAUGAGCGAGGGCUGGAGACAUACACAAUGUCCUAUUCAGAAUAGCUAUCAGCAAACAAAACACAUUGCGGUAGAUAAACCCGACAAUUAUCCACACCCUUAUAUACCAUUACCUCCAAACAUCCGGGUCAUCAAUGCGUCAUAUUACGUCAGUUUUGGCCUUGUUCUGCUGAUGAACCACGUCAGCCCAAAUAGCAGUCUGCGCGAGCUUUAUUUUUCAAACAGCUUUUUGAUACCGUUUAGUCAAGGAACCCUCCCUCCUACAGUUACGCUUGCAGAUUUCAGCGACAAUUACUGCCAAUCAUUGAACGAUUUCUUCUUUGGUACCGACAACUCUUUAGAAUGGUUAAAGCUGCGAAACAACGUUUUAGGAUCAGCGUUCAAAUCUGACUUUAAUGGUACCAUAUUCUCCACAUUAUACAAGUUAAAAUAUUUGGAUAUUUCAAGGAAUUUAAUUGAAUACCUACCAUUUGUAUUUUUUAAAGGUUUGAUCAAUUUGGAAGAACUUAUUAUUUCGGAAAAUAAGUUACAAAUUUUAAACUCUAGUUUCUCACACAUGCGGAAUCUGAGGUUUAUUAGUCUGAAGCAGAACGCCAUCUCCUGGAUCACCAAGGACACCAGAGACGAGCUUGAUCAAAUGGCCGCCAGCCGAAACCUCACCCUCGACCUAACUCUGAACCCACUGCCAUGCACUUGCGAAGGUCUGCCCAUUUUAGCCUGGCUAGCUCAGACAAGGGUAAAUCUGUACGAAGAAACAUCGCUGGUUUGUCAUUUCGAAAACGCUCCGACUGAAAUCAUUGGCGAUUUGAAAAAACGGGUCAAAUCGCUUCAAAGGUAUUGCGCAUCCCAGCCGAUCAUCAUAGUGAUCAGUAUUUCAGCGAUAUCCUUAAUAUUUGCUAUCAUUGCACUUGCGCUUAUGUAUAAGUAUAGAUGGAAGCUGAGGUACCUAAAAGCUGUCACUCUUGUAAAGUGGGUGGGGUUUCAUCCAAAAGUCAUCAACAACGCUGGGUAUAAAUACGACGCGUACGUCCUUUACUCAGACGAGACGAGAAACUUCGUGCUCCGAGACUGGGUUCAGGAGCUUGAGAUCAAAAGGGGUCAUCGCUUGUGUAUAGAGGAACGUGAUUUCAUGCCGGGCACCUACGCUAUCUCAGCCAUCGUUGGCGCGGUCCAACACAGUGCUAAAACUGUCCCUGUUGUCACUCCGGAGUUCUACGACGGGGAAUACACGGAGUACGGCUUGAAGAUGGCUUUGAUGGAGGAGAUCUUCAGCAAGCGCGCAGCCCUGCACCUGUGUCUCUACCAGCCCGUGCCCCAGGGGGACAUGUCACGUGACCUUCUGUCUAUCAUGAAAAGAAACGACUUUACGGAAUUCCCGGGGGAGGGGGAGACAACCGAGGAGGCUUUAGUGGCCUUCUGGAAUCAAAUGUCUGCUGCCAUCGGGCACAGUCCGAGGGAGGCAUUGCACGUGGAAGAACCAGAGGUGUAG